AUGGCUGAAACAAAGAAUGAUGAACAACUGGAACUGUUGAUGGUAGAAGGGGAAGAUGAGGCAGUAACCAACAAAAUACCAUCGGCAUUGAUCUCGAAUGUCAACUCUUCGAAUAUGCCCCCAGCGUUUUACAUCGCGGUUUGGAUUGGCAUGUCCUCGGCUGUCAUCCUAUUCAACAAGUACAUUUUGUACGAACUCAAGUUUCCUUUCCCAAUAUUUCUGACAACGUGUCAUAUGGUGUUUGCUACUAUCGGAACUCGUCUUCUGCAUAGAUAUACAAAUAUGAUGAAGGAUUUGCAAAAGGUCCAAAUGACUCGGGAAAUCUUUUUACGAGCCAUCCUGCCCAUUGGUGUACUCUUCUCAAUCAGUCUGAUGGCUUCUAAUAUGGCGUAUCUGUAUUUGACUGUUGCUUAUAUUCAGAUGCUGAAGGCCACCACUCCGGUGUUUGUUUUGGUGAUUGGAUAUGCCUUUCAAACCGAACAACCGGACAUGGUCGUGCUCGGCAAAGUUAUGUCUAUUGUUGUGGGUGUCAUAAUUGCGUCGUAUGGAGAAUUCGAGUUUGUCUUCAUUGGCUUCGUGUUUCAAGCCGUGGGAAUUCUGUCGGAAGCCAGUAGGCUGGUCAUGAUCCAGAAGCUGCUUUCCUGUUACAAAAUGGGCCCAUUGGUUUCUUUACACUGCUUUGCGCCUGUAUGUGCUGUUACAAACUUUGCCGCCUUUUUAGUAUUGGAGUCCAAAUCUCUCAGAUGGGAUCACGUAAAUGCGGUUGGCCUUCAAGUCCUCCUCUUAAACUGUUUAAUUGCGUUUGGUCUCAACAUUGCCGUAGUAUUCUUGAUCGGAAAGACGUCUUCCGUAGUAAUGACCCUGUCUGGAGUUUUGAAGGAUAUAAUCUUAAUUGUUGCUUCGGUACUCUUAUGGGCUACUAACAUCUCUGUAUCGCAGAUAUUUGGUUAUGGCAUCGCUCUCAUUGGCCUCGUCUGGUACAAAGAACCAAAUCUCGACAUGAAAAGGAUAUGUAUAGCAUUCGUAUGUCUCGUUGCUGUCAGCGGGCUAUCUGGGGCACUGUAUGAUCUUCCAAUAGGUGGAAAUUUAGAUCAGAAUGCCAGUGCCUACGACUGGCCAAAUAAAACAGGUGGACUCCUUAACAUUGAGCUCGCUGUGAAUUCAUCAAAAACAGUUAUCACCUGUUUUGCAGGGAGACGUCAGUAUAUGGAUAUAAUGCUUCAAUAUGUCGAUGCACUUGUCGAAAGGUCCUUUGUUGACGAGGUCCAUCUCUGGGAUUUCACUGCUGUUCCUGAAGACGCUCAAUAUCUGCAACAGUUUGUUGCCAAACCGAAAUAUACCGUUAUGAACACAAACAAACGGGAAAAGGCCUGGGAAGAUUAUUAUCAGUAUUACGGGGAAUUGAACGGCACAAAUGACGACGAUGUCUACAUCAAGCUAGACGAUGACACUUUAUUUAUUGACAUAGAAGCUUUUCCGAGUUUCAUUGCAUUUAGAAGAAAUAAUCCACAUGCUCUUUGGGGGUCGCCCAACGUGAUCAAUAAUGGAGUGACCGCAUACUAUCAGGGGUUAUAUAAGAUGCAUCCUAUAGCGCUGCCAUACGACUCCUAUUUUGGGAAACUGGUUACGAAUGGAACUAUCGCUGAACAGCUGCACGAACAUUUCGUAGGCCAUAUAGCUGACAUGUCUGAGUGGAUCAGACAGACUGGUGUCAUCUAUCAUAAAUUGGGAGAUAGGCUGAGCAUCAACUUCUUGGCAUUUUUAGCCAAGGAUCUGCCACUGAUCAAGGAUUUAGGAAAGGACGAUGAGCAUGUUUUGACUGUACUCAAGACGGUUGAAUUGAAAAGGCAAGGCUACAUCGACAUGUCCUUCUUGACCGCACAUAUGGCUUUUGGGCCGCAAAGAGAAGGCAAAGACGCCAUGAAUCAGUCUCAUGUGCUGGAGAUGUAUCGAAAUUUUGGCAGAAAAUAUUUUGAGAAGUUGGAAUCAAAGAAAGUCGCACCAUAA